AUGAAACAGAUGUUGUCCCACAUCAUCGUCGCAUCGGCCACUCAACGCGCUGGAGCAGAGAUGAAUUUAUCCUGUCACGUGACACGAAAUCGAAACCCAGCAAUAGUUGAAGCAGCAGGCGGGAUAUGGGUGAAAAAUACCGGUAUCCAUGUAUGGCGGUGCAACUAUACGACGUUAAUGUCAUGUAAACUUUCCUAUGGGUCUAGUUUGGAAGAAACUGACCUGGGUGUUUCGUGA